AUGGGUUAUGUUUCAGCUGUGCACGGAGAGCAAGAGGAACCGAAUGACCUAGUCAAGGGGCACGUCCCGCGCCCACAGUUUUGCAACCUGCGCAACCUGCUGAUUACUCCUCGUACAGGCUACGGCAUGCAAAGUAUUUUGCAAAGAGAGGAGGAGGAAGAGUCGUGCAAGGAGGAGGAGGAGGAGGAGGGAGAGGCGGCCGCGCUGCCCGCCAGCAGCUCCGCCGGCAGCGCCGCCGCCGCCAGCCGCGAGCUCGAGGAGCGGCGCGCGCAGCAGGAGGACAUCGAGGAGCUGGAGACCAAGGCGGUGGGCAUCUCCCCCGACGGCCGCUUCCUCAAGUUCGACAUCGAGAUCGGCAGAGGCUCCUUCAAGACUGUCUACAAGGGGCUGGAUACGGAGACCACGGUGGAGGUCGCCUGGUGCGAGCUGCAGGAUCGGAAACUGUCCAAGUCGGAGCGACAAAGAUUUAAAGAGGAAGCUGGGAUGCUGAAAGGGCUCCAGCAUCCCAACAUUGUCCGGUUCUACGAUUCCUGGGAGUCUACAGUCAAAGGAAAAAAAUGUAUUGUUCUUGUGACGGAACUCAUGACAUCUGGAACACUGAAAACGUAUCUGAAAAGAUUUAAAGUGAUGAAAAUCAAAGUGCUACGAAGCUGGUGCCGCCAGAUCCUGAAAGGCUUGCAAUUUCUGCACACGCGCACCCCUCCCAUUAUCCACAGAGACUUAAAAUGCGACAACAUCUUCAUUACUGGCCCCACUGGCUCUGUCAAGAUUGGAGACCUGGGUCUGGCCACUCUGAAACGAGCUUCUUUCGCCAAAAGUGUGAUAGGUACCCCAGAGUUCAUGGCCCCCGAGAUGUAUGAGGAGAAAUACGAUGAAUCCGUUGAUGUAUAUGCUUUUGGGAUGUGUAUGCUAGAGAUGGCCACGUCUGAGUAUCCUUAUUCUGAGUGCCAAAAUGCUGCGCAGAUCUACCGACGAGUGACCAGUGGUGUCAAGCCAGCCAGCUUCGAUAAAGUAGCAAUCCCUGAAGUGAAGGAGAUCAUCGAGGGAUGCAUUCGGCAAAACAAAGGCGAAAGAUAUGCUAUUAAGGAUCUUUUGAAUCAUGCCUUCUUCCAAGAAGAGACCGGAGUACGGGUAGAACUAGCAGAGGAAGAUGACGGAGAGAAAAUUGCUAUUAAGCUCUGGCUGCGAAUUGAAGAUAUCAAAAAACUCAAGGGCAAAUAUAAAGAUAACGAAGCAAUAGAGUUUUCUUUUGACCUGGAGAGAGAUGUCCCAGAGGAUGUAGCCCAAGAAAUGGUGGAAUCUGGCUAUGUCUGCGAGGGGGAUCACAAGACAAUGGCAAAAGCCAUCAAGGACAGGGUGUCUUUGAUUAAGCGGAAGCGAGAGCAGCGUCAAUUGGUGCGAGAAGAACAGGAGAAGAAGCUGCAGGAAGAAAGUAGUCAAAAGCAACAGCUGGAGCAGCAGCAACCGUCAAGCACUUCCCAUGCAGGCUCAAAGCAUCCCCAGUCUGUCACUGGUCCUGCUUCUGUCCCCACUACUUCAGCUUCAGUUUCCACACAGGUGGAGCCUGAAGAACCAGAAGCUGAUCAGCACCAACAGCUGCAGUUCCAGCAACCCAGCAUAUCUGUUCUUUCUGAUGGGACWGUUGACAGUGGCCAGGGGUCAUCUGUUUACACCGAAUCAUGUGUGAGCAGCCAGCAGACCGUGUCCUAUGGCUCCCAACACGAGCAGUCCGUUUCAACAGCUGCAGUCCCGGGAUACGCAGCUUCGGUUGGCCAAGUGCAGUCACAACAGCAUGGAGGAUAUCAGCCACCUGCAGUGCCUCAACGUGGUCGUAGCAUGUCAGUUUGUGUCCCCCACCUUCCUGCUCUUCCCUCUAUGUCCUGCAUCCCUCUCAGUGCUCCUUCCACCCCACCACCAGCGCUGUCUGCACCUCUUUCUCCUUUCUACCUUCGGACUGUCCCUGAAGAAACCUUUGCAGAAAAGCUUUCUAAAGCCCUGGAAAGUGUCCUGCCCAUGCACUCUGCCUCUCCACGCAAGCACCGACGCUCCAGCCUGCCCUCCCUCUCUGUCAGUCCUCCUCAGCAUCCGCGUGGGGGAACACCACCGUUCCCAGACUCACAGAUAUUUUUCCCAACCGUUCAUGAACGGCCGGUGUCUUUCUCGCCACCGCCUCUCUGCCCUCCGAAGGUGGCAGUUGCCCAGCGCCGCAAGAGCACCUCUUUUUUGGAAGCCCAGACUUGCCACUUCCAGCCAGUGCUGAAGACUGGCCAGAGUUUAGUCCCACCCGGUGGCAGUCCCACCAACUGGACACCGGAGGCGCUGGUUAUGCUGGGCACUGCAGCUCACAGAGUCACUGGAGAGCCACUGCACRUGCAAGUCAAUCCCGUGUUUGAGCCAGCUCCUGUGCACAGUGACUGUAGAUCUGGACCGGCCCCUCCGGAGGAUGCUCCCUACCGCAUGCAUCCCGAAGCCGUGUAUUUGGUGGGCAUGCACUAUCCAGCGCAGGAGCAGUACGAUCAAGUAGCGUAUAGCUCUCCGGCGCCGGAGCAACACGUGAAGCAGGUCUCUGAGGCGAAGCACGUGCAAGGUGGUCCUCCACAGAGCUCGGUGUUUGACUUUCAGCCCGGCCAAACGUACCUGGCCAGGCACGUCCAGAACCUGAGACUGGAUUCGGGGAUGGCUCCUCUUUCUCCGCUGUCGAGUGUUUCGGCUCCCCUGAGCGCAGAGCCCGCUCCGCUGACGUUCCACCAGGUGUUCGUGCCGCACUCGGCGCCGGCCGUGCUCUCGCACGGCGGGGAUGGCAGAACCAGCUGUGUCUUUGAGUUCCACGUGCACACGCCGAGCGCGGCGCCCGCCGAGGGCGGCGCCUUGACCCCGCGGGUCUACAGAGGUCGGCGGUGCUCUGCGGAGAGCAGCCAAGAGGAAGCCGCUCCUCCGGGCGUAGGGUUGCAUGGUCGGCUUCAGCCUGUCACGGAGGAGCAGUGUAACUAUCUUGGUCCUGAGGCCGCAGGGCCCAGAGCGGGCUCUGCCAGGCAGAGCUGGCCAGAAGGAAGCCCAGAGUACUCCAGUGAUUCCUCACAGCUGACUUCCUCUGACACCGGCGACUUCCAGUCUCCUCCUCCUACGGGAGGCUCAUCUUCUGCUUUCGGUUCAGACUUUUCCUUGCCUGUUGUUCAGCUGCCUCAGAAGGUGUUACAGGAGUCCCAGCUCUUCAUCUGCUUCCCUCAGGGAGCUUCGAGUCAGCAGGCCUUGUCCACCUCGCUUCCAUCGGGACCACCUACCCUCUAUCCGCAGACACAAGUGCAAGGCCAGUCAGCCUCAAGCAGUGCAUCGGUGCCAUCCCAGUCUACCCAACACACUCAGCAGAAUGUGCAGCCGCCGGCCCCUUCCCAGCAGCCUGGCCAGUACCAGCUGCAGCAGCCAUCGGUUUCUGCUGGCGCCGCUCCCACACAAACGGUCUCUCAAACACAGACUUCACAGGUUAUGCCAAUGCCUCAGGCACCAGCUGGGACACAGCUUCCUGUUUCCCAACCAGUGUCGAUCAUCCAAGGCGAGCCUCAAUUACCUGUUGCAGCACCUUCUCUCCCUCAGCCUUCAGUUGCCCCRCCAGUCCCUGUCGGCUCUCAUUUUCUACCCAUGGGACAGCCCUUGACAAGCUCCAUGCUCCCCCAGUUCUCAGUCUCGCAGUUGCCCGUAGCAGCUCCUCACGUGUCAGUGGCUCAGCCAGGUUUCCAGUCGCUGCCCAGUUCCAUGGCAGCUGGCAUCAAUCAGCCCCUGCUCACACUGGCGACAUCCGCUGCGGCAGCCGCUGUGCCCGUAGGAUCGACUGUUGUCCCUAGCCAGCUGCCCACGCUCAUGCAGCCUGUGGCUCAGCUGCCCAGCCAGGUUCUCCCGCAGCUCCUGCAGCCAGCUGUCCAGUCCGUGGGAUUGCCAGCCAGCAUUGGACAAGCUGCUGAGGCUUCACUUCCUGCUGGAGAUGCUCUUUACCAGGGCUUCCCAUCUCGGCUGCCACCACAGUACUCAGGGGACUCAAAUGUUGCACCCUCCUCUGCUGUGGCCUCUGUUUGCCUGCCUUCUGCCGUGCUCUCCCCUCCCCUGCCCACAGAUGCCGUGGCUCAGCCAGGCUACCUUGCUGCCGUGGUGCAGCCCUACGGGGAGCAGAACGUUUUAGUUCCUGUGGGGGGCCUAGGAGGGCAGGCUCAGAUGCCGCCCCAGCCGCCUGCAGUGAGUUUGGCACAACAGGCCUCGUCUGCCUCCUCCCAGCAGGUAGCUUUGGAGGGUACUCAGGGAGUCUCACAGACUGCUGCUUCCGAGUCUCUGCCAUCAACGCAGCCUGCUCAGUCUACUCCUUUGGCUUCCUCUAUGGAUAGUGCACAUUCUGAUGUUGCUUCAGGGCUGAGUGAUGGCAAUGAGAAUGUUCCAACUUCUAGUGGAAGGCACGAAGGGAGAACCACCAAACGUCACAUGCGGAGGUCUGUCCGCAGCCGCUCUCGCCACGAGAAGACUGCUAGGCCCAAACUGAGAAUUCUCAAUGUUUCAAAUAAAGGUGAUCGGGUAGUGGAGUGCCAGCUAGAGACACACAAUCGGAAAAUGGUUACUUUCAAAUUUGAUUUGGAUGGUGACAACCCUGAGGAAAUAGCUUCUAUUAUGGUGCAGAAUGAGUUUAUUUUAGCAACUGAGCGAGACUCAUUUGUAGAACAGGUACGAGAGAUAAUUGAAAAGGCAGAUGAAAUGCUGAGUGAGGAUGUAAGUGUGGAGCCAGAAGGUGAUCAGGGUUUGGAGAGUAUGCGGACAAAAGAUGAUGGCUACUUUCCAGGGUCACAGAAAUUAGAGUUCAAACAGCCAGAUCCUACAUCUUCCAUGCCACAAAGAACAGGAGUUCCUCCCAGCUCCUUUACCCAGGUCGUCCAUUCUGCAGGAAGACGGUUUAUUGUCAGCCCUGUCCCUGAGAGUCGGUUAAAAGAGCAGAGCUUUUUCAGCUCCGCUGUUCCUGGAGGAACAGAAACCCCAGAUGUGGUUGCUGCAUCUCCCUUACACGGUCCCGGAAUGAAUCUCUCCCACUCGGCGUCGUCGCUGAGCUUGCAGCAGGCUUUCUCUGAGAUCAGGCACGCGCAAAUGACAGAAGGACCUAGUACCGCUCCCCCCGUGUUCAAUCAGGCUGUCCCACCAUUCCCACCUGCACUUUCCACCAUGGCAGGCAGUGGUGCUCCCUCUGCAUCCGUAGCUGCUCCUUCAGUAUCUGUUCCUUCCACUACAGGCGUUUCUGUUCCAGGGUCUGUUACUUUGCCUUCAGAAAACGCAGCUGGUGGAGCUGCACCAAGCACAAGUGUCCCGAGCUCUGUUUCUCCACCUGCGGCCUCACAAUCUGGACAGCAGUCAACUGCUGGAGUGGCUUCCAGCGUGAGCGCCCCUGCUUCCUUCCCCCAACCCACCACAUCCCAGCCUGCUCAGCCACUGCCUGGAGACAUUGCCCCUAGUACCAGCACGCCGGCCUCUCUGGCACUGUCAUCCACCCAGAUUCCCGGUGUCCCUGGUCCUGGUGUCAUGGCACCAGCUGUGACUUCUCAAUCCACUCCUCAGCUUGUAAGUAGUUUGGCAGCGCCGCAGACAUCUGUUACCCUGUCUCUGCCUCAGAAUGUGACUUUGCAGCUUCCUCAACUUAGUAGUAGUGGCUCUGUCUCCAGCCUGGCAGAAACAACAGUUGUGAGUGCUCCACAGCCCCUCUCUGACAGUGGGCAACCUGUGGAUAAAUCACAGCUCGGCAGCGCGGCUGGAUUGUCUCUUCCAAUCUCUGCACCUUUAUCAUCUUCAGCAGCAACAAGCAUAUGUGGAUCAGCCAGCCAGCCAGUGAUACAUCCUUUAAUCAUCGCAUCAGCAGUUACAUCAACACCUGUCCUACCCYCAAUUCCAGGUGCAAUGUCCACGCCUGUGUUGCCCCAGGUGCCCUUGCCUGGUGUCUUACCACAGCCCGUUACCAACCUGCCUGCAGUGCAGCAGACACUGAUACACAGUCAGCCUCAGCCCGCUCCGUUACCCAACCAGCCUCACACUCACUGUCUCGAGGCUGAUGCUGAUGCUCAGUCGAAAGCACCCGGUAUUGAUGAUAUAAAGACCCUGGAAGAAAAGCUGCGCUCCCUCUUCAGCGAACACAGCAAUGUUGGAACAGCACAUCCGUCGGUGUCGCUGGAGACAUCACUGGUCAUGGAAACGACGGUCAUUCCUGGCGUACCAACCACUGUGGUGGCUCCAACCAAACCCCUGACAUCCAUUAGCACUUGUAUCCCACCGAGCAGUUUGCCCCUGGGGGCCACGGGUUUGCCCGUGYUGACACCAGUGGCCACUCCUGGGCAAGUGAUCACCCCGGUCAGCUAUAUUUCAGCACCGAGCAGCAUUGCAACGGCAGCAGUGAAACCAGGGACCUCUCCUUCCAAGCCGCCUCUAAGUAGGGUACCGGUGCUACCAGUAGGGUCUGAACUUCCAGCUGGCACUCCGUCCAGUGAGCCGCUGCCACCUUUUCCAGGACCUUCACUAACUCAGUCCCAGCAGCCACUGGAAGAUCUGGACGCCAAGCUGAGAAGAACCCUUAGUCCGGAGACUGUCCCGGUGACAUCUGCUCCUGCCUGUUCUGCGCCCUCAGUAGCAUCCACGACGGUUACCGGGCUGGUGUCCACAGCAGCACAGUCCCCGAAAGAUGCUUCRGCAUCAUGUGGUGGAGAGAGCAGUGCUAUGGCCACCACAGCAGGAGCUGGUGUUCUUAAAAUGGGACGUUUUCAGGUCUCGGUGGCCGUAGAUGAUGUGCUAAAAGAGAGUGACAAACCUGAAACGAAGCCAGGGCAAUUUGAAACCACCUCCUCUGAAUCAUCAUCUCUUUCUGGCAGCAGCCCAGAGAGUACACUGGUAAAGCAGGCCGGCAGUCGGAAAAGUGAGGCUGUUGCUGGCUCAUCCUUGGACGUGGUCGAUGGUGUUCCUCACCCGCUUCCCGCGGUGCAGCUGCCCGUAGAUGCUGGGCAGCCCACUAAGGUCGGGCGCUUCCAGGUGACGACGACGACGGAUCAAGUGGGGCGCUUCUCAGUGUCCAAGACUCAGGAUGAGGUCACCUGCGCAGAGAAGGAGCCAGUGACUCUUCCUCUCCCUGUGGACUUGGAACAAGUUGCAGCUUCGGCUGCAGCUCCUCAGAAGGAGCUGGAGGCCAGGCAGUCCCCGCACAUGAACGGCCCAUCCUUGGAGCUGGAGGCCGCCUUCCUGAGCGGCAUGGCCAAGGAGAUGGAUGAGGGCUCAGGGAGCCCAGACUCCCUCCAGCACCUGGGCUCAAAGAUCAGCCUCCCUGUCCAGAGCCUUAGCAACUCGUUCAACUCUUCUUACAUGAGCAGUGAUAACGAGUCGGAUAUUGAAGAUGAGGACUUGAAAUUGGAAUUGCGUCGGUUACGGGAGAAGCACCUUAAAGAGAUCCAGGAGCUGCAGAGCCGCCAGAAGCAGGAGAUUGAAUCGCUCUACACGAAGCUGGGGAAGGUCCCCCCUGCAGUAAUUAUCCCCCCRGCUGCACCCCUUUCGGGAAGGAGGAGACGACCCACUAAGGGAAAGAGCAGCAAGUCCAGUCGUAGCAGCUCCCAGGGAAAUAAGAGCCCGCAGCUAUCGGGCAAUUUGUCAGCUCAGAGCGCGCCGUCGGUCCUGCCCCCGCAGCAGACUCUUCUCCCUCCCGGWAGCGGGCCGGAGACGGGCCAGAACCAUUUGUUACAGCCCCUCAAACCUUCACCUUCCAGCGAGAACCUCUACUCUGCCUUCACCAGUGAUGGUGCCCUCUCGGUACCAAGCCUUUCUGCACCAGGCCAAGGCUGUGCGAAGUUUAACUGUGCGUCUGAGAGAGUGACCUUCAAGCCUGGUGGCAGGAGGACCCGAUUUCUGAGGAAGAUGGUGAAAAAAGUCUGUCCUUGCAACCAGCUCUGUAGGACCAGCAGCACCAACACCGUCGGGGCUGCCGUGAACAGCCAAGCUCCCCAGGCCCAGCCUCCCGCCAUCGCCUCGAGCCGCAAGGGGACGUUCACGGACGACCUGCACAAGCUGGUAGACAACUGGGCCCGAGAUGCCAUGAACCUCUCUGGCAAGAAAGUUGGCAAAGGGCACAGCAACUACGAGGGCCCUGGAAUGGCAAGAAAAUUCUCGGCGCCAGGUCAACUCUGUAUCUCUAUGACAUCCUCCCUGGGUGCUACGCCCAUCUCUGCAGCAUCAGCUACCUCUUUAGGUCCCUUCCCCAAGGCCAUGUGCCCUCCGCAGCAGUACGGUUACCCCGCAGCGUCUUUCCCAGCCCCGUGGAGCGGGACGGGGGGCCCAGCACAGCAGCCCCUGGGCCAGUUCCAGCCCGUAGGUGCCGCCUCUUUGCAGAGCUUCAACAUCGGCAACUUGCAGAAGUCGAUCAGCAACCCCCCCGGCUCCAACCUGCGGACCACUUAGCCACGCUCGGAGCCCCUGCUGGCUACACCCUGGGGCAGGACACGGGGAGGGAGACGGGGCCGCUGUCAACGACUAGUGCUGCAGUGAACUGGGAGCUUGCCAGACUGGGAAUUUCUCUUUUGCCACCGUUGCUGUCAGCUCUCUGUCAAGGGAGCUUCCCCACACACUUGCCAGGGGGAGGAGGAUGAUGAGGCAUCCCUGUGAUGGGACAGUGCUUUUGGCCGAGCGGUCCCGCUCUCGUGCGCAGGGGGAGCUGUGAAGAUGAGUCAUGGGGGCGGUUAACGCAGCCUCGCUGUAAAAUUCCUCUGUGGGCCGAGGCUGAAUCCACCUGUGUUGAGAURGGAGAGGUGAAUCCUAGCAUGAGGCUUUAGCACGCUCCCCAUCUCUCCCUGAAGAACCAAGCCCAGGAGAAAAGCUGUCCAAAUCCCCCUCCUCUCCSUCUCCCCCAAACAAUCGUACCUGGCUCCAGAGUGAUGGGGCACACGAAUGGACUUGCAGUGCAGCCCGUGCUUGAUAGGUCAUUACUGCUUUAAGUAAGAUAUUAACAGCUUUGACUGCAGCAUUAGAGCAAUUUAAAUUGUUUAAAAAAUUUUAAAAGUUCCCUGCGGACAUGUACUUACCAUCAGUUUUGAUGUGGAAACACUGUGAUAUAUAAAUGUUGUUGGACAACAGUAGUUUAAAAAUGAGUGGAAUAUAGAGGGUUAAAAAAGUUAAAAAGAAAAAAAUGGAAAAAAAGCUAGCUAUAUCCUUAUACUUAUUGGAGACACUUUAACUUUUUCCUUUGUAUUUUCAUUGUAUUAGAUAAAUAAAUGUGAAUGUAAAAUUGUAUAAAUUAAUGUACUUGAAUACUUGUCUGUUCUCCCAGUAUGCUUGCUGGAUAUUUUAGUGCCUUGGACUUCU